UACCCUGGGAGCUAGCUGAGUGCUUCUGCAGCCCCUGUCUCAUUCGGUCUUCCUGGUAACUCUGACAAAUAGUAUUGUCAACUACAGAAGAGACUGAGGCCCAGAGAGUUUGACCUAUCUAAGGUCACAUACCUACAAAGUGCUCUUUCCCAGGCCUUCUUGGAUGUUCAUAAGGAUUGUCUUCAGUCAUGGCCUUGGGUUUAAGGUGCUUCCGCUUGGUCCACCCUGCCUUUUGCAAUUCCCUUGCAGCCUUGACCAGACCUGUUUCAGAAGUUACGAUGAAGACCAUGAGUGGAAGACGAAAUGACCACGCGCAAUACGUGGCCCAUCCAGCUGUACCAGCCCGUCAUUUUGCUACCAAGAAAGCCAAAGCCAAAGGGAAAGGACAGUCCCAAACCAGAAUGAAUCUUAACACUGCCUUGGUUGAGGAUAUAAUCAGCCUGAAAGAUGUGGAUGAAGAAAUGAAGUCUGUAAUAGAAGCACUCAAGGAUAAUUUCAAUAAGACUGUCAAUAUAAGGACCUCACCAGGAUCCCUUGAUCAUAUCACGGUGGUAACUGCUAAUGGGAAGCUUGCUUUAAACCAGAUUGGCCAGAUCUCCAUGAAGUCGCCACAGCUAAUUUUGGUGAAUAUGGCCAGCUUCCCAGAGUGUACAGCUGCAGCUAUCAAGGCUAUAAGAGAAAGUGGAAUGAAUCUGAACCCAGAAGUGGAAGGGACGCUAAUUCGGGUACCCAUUCCCAAGGUAACCAGGGAGCACAGGGAAAUGCUAGUGAAACUGGCUAAACAGAACACCAACAAGGCCAAAGACUCUCUGCGGAAGGUUCGUACCAACGCGAUGAAUAAGCUGAAGAAAUCAAAGGACAAGACCUCGGAGGACACCAUUAGGCUCAUAGAGAAACAGAUCAGCCAAAUGGCCGACGACAUAGUUGCAGAGCUGGACAGGCAUCUGGCCAUGAAAACCAAAGAACUCCUCGGAUGAAAGUCUGCCAGGGGCCAGUAGUGCUCCAGAGCCCAGUUCCUGGCAGGUCCCAUGGGUGGCAAAUUGGCCUCUCUCUGCCUCGUCCACACAGAAGGAAGGUUGUCACCGUGCAGUUGUCAGUCCUUGUGAGGCCCAGCCUUCCAGUGGGACCCUCUUCAAUCUCUUCCUCCUGUUCCGUGUCCACCCCAUCUGCUCUGGGUCUUCUGGCAUGGGUUGCCCUUCAGAGUAUCUGAUGCUCUCAGAGGGACUUGACUUGGGUCAUUCGUCUUGAUCGUGAUGUCAGAGCUUCUUCUCAAGCAAUUAAUCAGGCCCUGUCCCCACCUUUGAACUCUGCUCAGGCCAGUGUGGGCCUUCACUUGUGCCUGGGUACCUCUGCCCAAUUUCACCGAACGAUAAAAUCUAAAUAAAUUGGAAAGAAUAACAACCACAAAGGAAAGGAUGGAGUCAGUCUGGACUGAUGGUCUCCAAGGACCUGUGCGUAAAGCAUCCAGAACAGUGCUUUUGCCUCUGAGUCACCACAUGUGCUCUUUCCUCUGCCUGGACCGUUCUCCCACUCCUCGCCCGGCCAGUCCUUUUCAUCCUUGGGUCUCAGCUUGGACGGCACUUCCUCAGGGAAGUCUUCCUUUUCCCCCUAACCUCAGACCUCCUAGCACUGUCUACUGGGUAUCUGAACCUUAAUUGUUCUUUUUGAUAAUUAGUCUGUAUUUUAGUAUCCUUAGAACUUGGCGUAAUGCUUGGAACAUAGGAGGCAUUCAACUGUGUUGUGAAUGAAUUGCACAUAGUAGCUCCUCAAUCAAAGCUGGCUUCUUUUUCUUUCUUUCCAGUCUUAACUAACACGAUCAUUCUGUCAUUUUCCACUCUUGCCUUUGUCCUUAACACUUUCUUGGUAAUGAGAUCCCUGUCACCAGGGCCUGCCUGUUAUGGACAGACAAGUGGUUUGUUGUGGCUCAUCUUUGGGUAAUAGGUUAAGUUUUUCCUAACAAGUAGGUUUUUUUCCUUCAUUUGUUCAUUUGUCAUUCAUUCACUCAUAACAUAGCCAUCAGGAGCUAGGUACAGUCCUAGGUAAUAUUUUUAAUCUUCACAGUAAACUCACAAGAUGUGAAUUAUCUCCAUUUUAUAAAUAGGAAAAGUGAGACCUGACAAUAUUAGAUAAUUUUCCCAAAGUGUUAGAGGGUUUCAUUAUUUAUCAUCAGUCUUACUUUACAGAGUGGGGAGAGCUCAGAGACGCCAAGUUUCUUGCCCAGGGUUACACAGCUAGCAACUGGCAGACCUGGGAGUCAAACUGAGGCCUGAUCUAAAUCAUGUGCUCUGCCCACUGCAUCCUGUUGCCAUCACAAACAGGGAAGCACCAGCGUUGUGUCAGGGACUGUGCCUCUGUCUUUGAGAGAUGCGCGGUGCCCUGGACUCAGUCGCUGUCUAUGAUGUCUUGGGUGGAAGGUCAGAGGUUUAUUCCAGUCCUACCAGAUGUCUGCCUUUAGAACAGAACCCACUUUAGCAGAAGGGCUUGUCUGCUUGCCUUUGAAGCAGCAUCCAGCUUCUCCGUGCCGUUUGACUCCUCUCAGAUUCUGUCCCGUGCUAAAAGUAAUAAAGGUUGCACUUCUCCCUCUGCUUGUGCUGGCGGAGCACACUGUGCAACAGCCAGUGGGGAGUCAAGGUCAGAAUUAGGUCGAAGAUGAAAGGAGCUGACAGUCUCCUGCCCCUAUUACCUGUCCUCAGUCAGACCCCAUUCCCCAGCCCUGGGUAGCCGUCACACCAUCGGAAGUCAGCUGGGGCAAGAACGGGGAUAGAAAUAGCAGUCAGGGAGCCUUUCUAGGGGUAAACCACAUGGCAGGAGCUUUGCAAGAGUCUUUCGUGAGUGGCCGAAAUCCCCCACUCACUGCAAAUGUGCUUCUCAAAGAUGCAGGAUUUUUUAAUAAACAGAGGAAAUGAUAAAUUAUGUUGUAACUCCACUCCAAAGGCAUUUGGUUCUUAACAGCCAAAUCCUCUGUAGUCUUUAAAUAAACAAAAACUUAUUUGGCGAACAGACGGGGGGAAAAUGAAAGAUUUUCUGUACUUGGGUUCCACAUGUCAACAAUUUCUCUCCUGUGUGUAUGUUGGCCAAAGCCGUAUAUCAUGAUAAAUGAAUAAAGGAAAACCUCGAGCCCAGGGCGGUCAGACAGCUCAGCAAAUGGCUUUCAGCUGAUUGCUCUAUUUCAGUUGACAUUUAUCAAAGAGUUUCUCUGUUACUCAGUGUGUCAGGCCUGCAGUGGUGGCAGGGACAAGAGUUAAACUACCUGUUUGGAUGUGCUGAGUAAUGAGUAAGUAAUUCAUUCUCCCUCCUUCUGUCUCUCUCUCAGAAAGAAAAGCUGCGUAUGGAAAUUCUCACACUUGCCAGAAGAAUUAACCGCCUCCUCCAUUUAGUUCAAUGGCUUUCAAAAAAAUCAAAAUGCCAUGAAAAAUACAGGCCAAAGAGAAUUCGGGAACUUUUUUUUCUUCUUUAUUCUGUGUGUGUGUGUGUUGGAAAGUACAAAAGAAACUGGAAUAUAAAAAAUCAGACAUUUCUCACAAGUCCCGAAUCUUACUCCCCUUUAACAGAUAUAUAUACUUCCAGACCUUUCUCUCUAUAUAUAUGACUUUUGAAAAACAAGGAAGGGAACCCAACAACGUGUCAUGACCAUCUAGCCAUGGGUGAACACGUAGAUGAAAGUCGUCCCUUUCCUUUACAAUACAGCAUUCCCACAAUAUUCCACAAUAAAGAUGUACCAUAAUUUAUUUCACUACCACUUGUAUGAUAUUAAAAAAAAUCAUUUCAAAUGCAUUGAAAGACAUUUCCAUUUAAAGAUUUUUUUCCUUGGGAAAAAAAAAACCUAGUCUAAGUUUAUCUCUUUGAUAAGUUUUACUCUUUAAUCUCUUUGUUAGCUUCUAGUCAGCCUCAGACUAACGUUUUUUGAAUACCUGGUACCAUGCCAAACACUUCACAUGUUACUACAUUUACACUUCCUAACAGUCCUGGUUGGUGUAGGUAUUACUCCUGUCUGUGUUUACGUGUGAGAAAACUGAAGUUCAGAAAGGGUAAUUUACUUGCCCAAGGUCACACAGCUAGUAAGUGCUGAGGCGAAGUGUGAGAUGCAGAUCUGACUUUAAAGUGGGUUCUUGAUCGGUGUGCUUCAGUUUGUAAAGUCUUCCCUGAGCAUUUACUCAGAAUGCACCUAGCAUUGUUCUGGGCCCUGAAGGUGAUCAUGAGAAGAGCAGAAAGCUUGCUUUCAUAAAACAGAAAGCUAUUUCUAGUAAAGCACUGCGCAUAAAACAGUACGGUAGCUGGCAUAUGGUAAACAAUGAAGUGGUAGCUCUGAUGGAGACAGUAAAGGUUACGCAUUUAUACCUCACCUGUUUGGCAGACUCUAGAACAUGUCAGAGAAGCAGGGGCAAGUGGAGAGACCACCCAGUGGUGAAUGAUGAUACUGACAACAAUUGUAGUAUUGACAGCAUCAGUAACUGAUACUGGCUUGAUGCUUUUUAGUUUUCAAAGUUCUACAUCCUUUAUGCCAUUGAAGCUCGGGUGAAGCUUUGCGGUUUCUUUUGCCCUGAUAAUGGUUGGUUUUCGUGAUGUGUAUCAAAAGGUAUACUCUCUUUUGAGAGUAGAAAUGUUAAUACCUACAUAGGAAAUGUGUUUUAUAGAUGAUAGUGUUUAGGUUUUCUGUAGUCUUAUUUUUGGGAUGAGACUUGGACUGAAAGUCUUGUCUCCUGUUAGUAGCUUUUCUGUUUCUUCCUGCAUUUCCUGUGGUGUCUGCCCCAUGGUAGGGCUGGUGCGCUGUUUGCUGCAGAGAGAGCCCGACUCCUCACGUCUCCAGCUCAUUCAGUGCUGGGCGUCUGAAUUCUAUCUUGUCAUACAUCGAGAUCACAGCCCUUGCUUGCUUUUUUUUUUACAUUUGCUUCGUGUAUCUUUCCAGUUCCUUUAUUUCCAGCCUUUCCAAAUCACUGUGUUUUAGGCGUGUUUCUUUUUGAGAGCUGGGUUUUGUUCUAUGAGCCAUUCUAAAACUCUUUUUAAAAUUUUUAUCUUUGUUUUUAGUUGUGGUAAAAUAACAAAAUUUGCCAUCUGGACCAUUCUUAGGUAUACAGUUAGAAGCGUUCAGUGCGUUCCCAUUGUGGUGCAGCCAGUCUCCAGAACUCUUUUCGCCUCGCAGAACAGAAUCUCUAAACCCAUUAAAUAGCUUCCCAUUCCUCCCUCUCUCAGCCCCUGGCAACCAGCAGUCUACCUUCUGUCUCUCUGAGUUUAACUGCUCUAUGUACCUCAUGGAUGUGGAAUCACAGAAUUUAUCUUGUGACUGGCUUAUUUCACUUAGCAUAAUGUUGUAGCCUGGAUCAGAAUUUCCUUCCUUUUUAGCUGUAAAAAAUGUUCUAUUGUCUGUAUAUGGGAAAAUCCUUUCUAUAGGUAACUUAAACUCAUUUAUAUUUAAUGAUAAUACUGAAAUGUUUAGUAGAACCCAUGUACUCUUUCUUUCUGUGCAAUAUUAACACACAACAUUUGGUGGUUAACGCUCAGCAGAGUAGAGAUUGGAUUGAGGAGAAAGAUUACUUCUGCAGAGAGGAAGUUACUGUUUGUCGAAUGAACAAAUGAUUGAUGACCCUUGUCUCUUAUAUUCCUUUCUUCUGGUCUCCAUUUGGGUUCAUCCUGUGCUGUGAGGUUAGAGCAACCUGAAACAUAGCCUUUAUCAUGUCACUCUUCUGCCCCCAAACCUCCGAUGGCUCCCCAUUGCCUGCGGAGUUGUGUGCAGACGUUUCUCCCUGGCGUUUGGGAACCUCUGCAUCUCUCUUUUUAGCUUUGAUGCAUCUCUCACAACCACCCUGCUAAUGCAAUCAGCGCUUAGACUAAGUGGAAUUGUUCGCUUUUCUGAAAUUUUGUGCUUCUUUCUUCCACCGCUGUGUCUUUUCUCGGGCUACUUUCUUUGCCUGGUGUGUGCUCCCUUAAAGCCCUACCCCGCCCAACAGACAAAAUUUCCGUCUAGCCCUCAAAGGCCUUCUCAGUCCCACAUCCUUCCUUCUUGCAUUUUCUCAUUUCUUUAUCUAGAUGUUUCUCCUGAUUUCCCCCCUACCCCGGCCUGCCCCUCACUGUGUUUCCUCUCCAAACAGCAUCACCUCCGCCCAGGUGCCAAACCAGGACAUCGGGAGCUGCCUUUGCUCCCCGUGCCGCAUCACCUCAUCUGCUGUCACCAGGUCCUGUCAGUGCUGGCCGCAGAGUGCUCUGCCUUCCUCUCUGGGUGCACCCUCGAGGGGCGUGGACCAGGGAACAGAUGUGGCCCGUGUUCCAGGGUGGCCUUGCCCCUACUGCGGAGACAGAGUACCUCUGGCACUGGGUGAGCCUUGUGUAAGUCCCCAGAAAGGAAGCCCCUGCUUUGUAAUUUUUACGUCCCCCUCAUAGGCAGUGCUGGGCACAGGGCAGAUGUUCAGGAAACGUUUGUCCAGUUGUAACAGGCCUGCCAGGACUUGAAAUACAAAUGAAGUCCAUUUACAUCAGUAA